AUGCAUACAUUUACGUCUGUGCUGCCACACGGCAUAAAGAAUGCGUUAAUCGGAUAUAAAGAAGGAGACAUGCCGCUCUUGGAUGAGCUGGGAAUUAAUUUUGAUUCUAUUAAAAAAGACUCCCUCAGAAUUGUGUUUGUGAAGAGUAAGGGACACGAAGAUACAAUGGACAUGGUGGGACCGCUGCUUUUUAUUUUCCUGUACGGGUUUAUUCUCUUUCUGCGGGGAACAGUGCACAUAGGAUACCUAUACUACCUAUCUACACUUAGCUGUAUGUUUAUAUACACAAUAACGGUUUUAAUGAAUAACAGCAGAGUCAGUCUUAUGGGCAUAAUAAAUGCAUUAGGGUAUGCACUAAUACCUGUUCUAGCCUUUGCCACUAUUAGCAGGCUGCUGCCUGGAGGAAAGGGUUUUGCACUGCUGAUUGGCAGCCUGUUUUCUAUUUGGUCAACAGCUGUCUCUACAAACGAAAUAACAAGAAGGUUUCAAAUUGAAAGAAAAGGAGCUUUAAUAGGAUACCCAAUAUUCUUGGUAUACACGUGCUUCAUGAUGCUGUCUACAAUGUAG